UAUUCCAGCGCUAACAUUAGUUUCUUUUGAAACAAUACAACUAACAAUGUCAUUUAUAUUAGACAGUUCAGCAGAUAUAACGUCUCUGUAAUAAUCAACUUUUUCAUUAUCCCAUACAAUUUUUUCACAUAAUAUAGUAGAAUCUAUUAUUUGUAACAUUACAUUGUUCAUAACUAUUUACAUUUAAAUCAAUUUGGAUAGGACAAUGUGGUGAAAAAGAAUAUAAAUCAUAAUGUACUAUAAAAUUUGAAGCCAGGGGAAAUAAAUCCUCCGAGCAUAUAGCAUAGUCAAUUAAACUAUUAUCGUUCGCUGACAAAUAUGUGUAACUUCCGGUUCCGGCAUCAUCGCCAACUCUACAGCAGUGUUAUUCAGUUACUGGUGUUAAAUAUUUUAUACGUAUAUCUCGAUGUGAUACACUUUACGUGUUGAAUGAUAUAUAUAUAUUUAUACUGAUGUAUUUAGUUAGAUAAAGAUUACUCCAUAUGGAGUGUUGGAUUUAAAAUUGGAUAUGAAUUAAUUCCAAAUGAAACCAAAUGAGGUUAACCUCGGAGCUUAGUUUACAAGACAUGUCAGUGUAUAUAAUUCUUUAAGUUGGAAGACACAAAGUUUGCAAGUAAUGGCUUCUUAUAGCCCUAAACUUUUAGAAAAGAAAUACAAUAACUGGGUUAAAUCUCAAUUAGCAGUGUUGAUUACGAAAGAAGGUAUUGAACCUUUUGUUUGCAAUGAAAUCAAACAAUUCCAAUUGAAAUGCUUAGAUGAUAUAUGUUACCAAAAUGGACUAUUUAGUGGGACGUUGUGUUCGAAUUGCUGUACGGAAAAUGUUAUUAAAUGUCCAACAAAUAGAAUAUGUAAUGUUGGACGUGGAAGAUGCAGUUAUCAUCGAAAUGCUGCAACAAGGUAUAAUCCUGUCGGCUGCCCGAACAAGAUAUGCCAUAAUUUCACAACUGAGAUACAGAAUGCGCAUAGGUACGCUGGUCCAUCUUACAAAAACACUGAUGCUUCACAGUGGUGUAGUAGUUUCUGGGAAGUGGCGAAAUGCUUCAUGCCUCCAGAUGGGUAUAAAGAUAAAACAUCUACAGCAGAAACAGACUUCAAUGGUAUAAUCAGCGUUAUUCUCAAUUACAAAGGCUUCCAGGGGAAAAUACAUGAAAACCUGAACAAUAAGAAGAAUAUGUUUGAGGAGGCAAGAGAAAUUGGAAAAUCUGUGCGACAUUCUUCAACACUUGAAGUAGAGGAUACAGAUCUUCAGAAAUACUUCAAAUUAUUACAGAAAUUACUUUCUGAUCAAGUAUAUUUAGCUACAGACACGCAUGCGCAGAAUGCUAAAAAGAAACUGACAGAGUUAGAAAAUGACACUUUAGUCAUUGGUAAAGAUGAUGUAAGAAAAGUACUAGACGAUGUGGCAAAGGCAAUUCAAGACAAGAUGAAGGCUGGAUUAGACGAGCAAUAUGACAGAAUUAAACUAGAUAUGAUAAAAAGAAAACAAGAAGAUCUUCUAUCUCUUCAGUCACAAUUAAAAGAUGAAGCUGAUGCUUCUGUUAAAAGAAUGCAUGAAGAACGGGACAAAGAAGUUGGGAAAAUUCAUGAACAAGGAGAAAAAGAACGAGCAGACCUGGCUGGAUUAGGAGAGACGUUAUGCAAGAGACUUAAAACAGCAAAUAAAGACGAGAAAAAAAAGGAAUAUAUUGAUUCUAAACAAA